GGUUUCUGCCUCUUAAAAGAAAGUUUUUCCUUGCCACCGGUGGAAAUAGUUGGGUCUCUGUAAAUAAUAUUAUAAAGAGUACUGUCACAGAUAUGCUAGGCCUCACAGCCACUAAUCACCCACACCUGCUCCCAAUCACACUCCUGCUCCCGAUCAGUCCCAAUCACAGCCGGUACAAAAACACACUAAUCACCUCAGUCAGUGUCCGACCUCGUUCAGACAUAGGACUCCUCAACCCAUUGCUAGAUCGCUUCAUUCCAGUCUCCCGUGGUUUCUCCAGUCCUCUGUGGUUUCUCCAGUCUCCUGUGGUUUCUCCAGUCUCCUGUGGUUUCUCCAGUCUCCUGUGGUUUCUCCAGUCUCCCGUGGCUCUACAGUGGUCCUCCAGUGACCUCCCUACAUCCAGUGAUCUCCCUCCUACAGACUUUCCCUUUCUCCACACUCUCCACUCCUGGCUAUUAUCUAAUAAAGAACAUUCCUGUCCACCUCGGUGUCCCCUGCCUGUCUGUAACCGUAACUGAAGGUUCGAUCCAACAGUAAGGAUGAUAGCCAGCUUCCCCGACGACCCCUUCCCGGACCUGGAAGAUGCUAUUCGGUGCCAUCUCCUUUCCCAUCCACCACCAGUCACACCCACCAGCGCCUCCUCAGACCCUCCAGCAACCUCUCUGGCUUUCAGCCUGACCGAGCAGCUGCAAACCUUCUCCGGCUCGGAGGAUGACUGCGAGGGAUUCGUGUUGCGGUGUUCCCUGGUCUUCAGCCUAUGGCCACACCUGUACCCCACUGAGCGAUCCAGGGUGGCCUUCUUGGUGUCGUGGCUCCACGGACCGGCGCUCCUCUGGGUGACCGACAUCUGGUUGAGAGCUGCUCACCUGUUCUGCCUCCCAGCUGCCCGCCUCCUCCAGUCCCCGUUGGAUCGCAGUGACCUCCAACCACCAGUCCCGAGGCCCAGCCGCUGCCGCCAGCGUCCAGUCCCGAGGCCCAGCCGCCGCUGCCAGCGUCCAGUUCUGAGGCCCAGCCGCCGGCUCCCCGUCCUGCUGGUAGGCCUCCAGAGGGUCCCAGCCUUCACCGUCGCCGCCUGCCUCCAGAAGGUCCCAGCCGUCGCUGUCGCCACCUUCCUCCAGAGGGCCCCAGCCAUCGCCGUCGCCGCCUCCCUCCAGAGGGUCCCAGCUCCUGGUCGACCACCCGAGGUGACCAGCUCCACCCUGGUCCCAGCUCCUGUGGUUUCUCCAGUCUCCUUUGGUCCCUCCAGUCUCCUGUGGCUCUACAGUGGUCCUCCAGUGACCUCCCUACAUCCAGUGAUCUCCCUCCUACAGACUUUCCCUUUCUCCACACUCUCCACUCCUGGCUAUCAUCUAAUAAAGAACAUUCCUGUCCACCUCGGUGUCCCCUGCCUGUCUGUAACCCCCAGAGGUCCGGCCGCCAGAGUCACCAGUCUCCUCUCCCGUUUCCAGCCCGGAGGUCCGGCCACCAGAGUCGCCAGUCUCCGCUCCGGUUUCCAGCCCGGAGGUCAGCAGUCAGCCAGAGUCCGCGAUGGUUUCCAGCCCGGAGGUCAGCAGUCAGCCAGAGUCCGCGACGGUUUCCAGCCCGGAGGUCAGCAGUCAGCCAGAGUCAGUGACGGUUUCCAGCUGUCCCCAAGCCCCUGUUCGUCCGCGACGGUUUCCAGCCGUCUCCAAACCCCUGGUCGUCCGCCACAGUCCGCGACGGUUUCCAGCCGUCUCCAAGCCCCUGGUCGUCCACCAGAGUCUGCGACGGUUUCCAGCCCGGAGGUCAGCAGUCAGCCAGAGUCCGCGACGGUUUCCAGCCCGGAGGUCAGCAGUCAGCCAGAGUCAGCGACGGUUUCCAGCUGUCUCCAAACCCCUGGUCGUCCGCCAGAGUCCGCGAUGGUUUCCAGCCGUCUCCAAGCCCCUGGUCGUCUGCCAGAGUCCACAAUGUUUUCCAGCCGUCUCCAAGCCCUUGGUCGUCCGUCAGAGUCCGCGACGGUUUCCAACCCUCUCCAAGCUCCUGGUCGUCCGCCCGAGGCGUUGGGCUCCACCCGUCUCCAAGCUCCUGGUCGUCCACCCGACGUGACCGGCUCCACCCGUCUCCAAGCUCCUGGUCGUCUGCCCGACGUGACUGGACUCCGGCCGGCUCCCCGGAUUGGCUUGCUCCUGGGGAGCGGGCCACUGCGACUCAAUGCACCAGACUAUUCCAGGAUCUAUUGA